AUGAUGAACACACAUCUUGGAAAUAUUCAGGAAGUCAUAUUACAAGAACACUUGGAAAAAGAAGAUGAAAUUCUGGUUUCCUUGGCUGGUUUGAAGCAGAUCAAGGACAUCCUGAAAGGUUCCCUGCGUUUCAACCAGAGCCAGCUGGAAGCUGAAGAAAAUGAGCAAAUCACGAUAGCGGAUGAUCAUUACUGUUCCAACAGUCAGAACAAGGGGACAGGUGAUGUCCUAAAGGGACCUGUCAUGACAAAACAACAGUUCAUCUCAGGACGACAGACUACAGCUGAUUCAAGCGCUAGUGAGAGCAAGAGCGCUGAUGACUAUAUUAUGGUUUCCAAAGAAGAGGAAGGAAGUAGAAGUGCUGUCCCGGAGCCAGCGCAGUCCCAUCACGCACACAAGGAGGCAGCAGUGAAGCCAGAAGCUCCAUCUCGUUCUUCUUUGAUAUUCUCUGACCCACUGAUGGGCUCCAUUUCAGCCUCCUCCAGCAACCUGAGCUCCAGCCCUGACGACGACAGUAGUAAUAACAGCAAAGAUUCUGACUUUGCUAUUGUCAGCCCACUAGACAUCUAAAGAAACAGGUUGGGAGAGUUUGGAAGGUCAGUCGUUACACCUCAGCUCAAAUUCCUAUGAUUCCACGGGCUGGAUAGUUCUUUGG